GUUUGUACUGGGCCUCAAGUAUCCAUCUCCGUAAACCUGUACCCCCUUGAGAAAGGGUUUUGAAUUGAUUGAUCUUCCUUUUCUCCUGUGGCCGUGAUCGUCGCCGUCCCCGUUUUCUGUCUCCGGUCAGAUUAUAUUGUCACCAUGUUUCUAACGAGAUUUAUUGGGAGGAGGUUCUUGGCGGUAGCUGCAUCCGCUAGAUCCGAGUCCACUACAGCAGCAGCUGCUGCUUCCUCGACUGUUAAGAUUGCCAAAAACCCUCUGGAAGAGUUCUUUGAGUUCGAUAGAAGCCAGGACGAAGACAAGCCUGUUGUCUACGGUCGAGGUUGGAAAGCUUCGGAACUGCGGCUCAAGUCAUGGGAUGAUCUUCAGAAGCUGUGGUACGUUCUCCUCAAAGAGAAAAACAUGUUGAUGACUCAGCGUCAGAUGCUUCAAGCUCAGAACAUGAUGUUCCCUAACCCUGAGCGCAUUCCAAAGGUGAGGAGAUCAAUGUGCCGGAUAAAACAUGUGCUGACAGAGAGAGCGAUUGAAGAACCUGAUCCCAGAAGAUCAGCUGAGAUGAAGAGAAUGGUCAAUACUAUGUGAUCAUCUCCUUGUGCUUCUUUUCCCAACCAACCGGUUAGAGUCAGUGUUUGGGACUCUGCUGUGUCUGGUAGUAAAAAAUUGUUUGUUCGGGUAGCUCUAUGCACGUACGUUUCUUGUAAAACCAUGGUUGAUGUUUAUUUCAGGACACAAUGUUGGUCAGUUGAUUCAGAGUUUUUUGUCUUGGAAUAUAAUUCAGAGAGCAAAUAAAAUGCUACUUUCAUCUA